AUGACCGAGCCCGAGGACCUCAACUUCACGGCGUUCACCGACCUAUGUCGGUUGUGCUCCCUGAAGAGCGGGCCCAGACUCCAUAUCUUCGAUAAGGAGUCGGAACAACGGCAGAUUCUGUUCAAGCUCAGGACCUGCCUGCCCACUAUGAUAUCGAAGGACGACUUCUUGCCGAAGAAGAUAUGCGAGCGCUGCGUCACUCGACUGGAACAGCUGUACGAGUGGCGCCAGAGCUGCCUCAGCACUGAUUCCGUGCUUAGAAACUACGCGGAGUCCAUGAAGAUCGUCACUUCUACUAUAAACUUCCAGCAACAACAGCAGCAACAACAGCAGCAACAACAACAGCAGCAACAGCAACAUCAACAGCAACAACAAAAUAACAACAAUAAUAACGCCGCAAGACAUCAUCAAGAAAUGCAGAAAUCAAAUCAAAUCAUUUUCCCUCAACAAAGUCAGAAUGGCAAUGCUCAUCAAGGUCAUCCAUCGCCACCUACAGUUAGUUCUACGCAACAUCAUUAUGCUACUAUCAAUUCUCCAAUAAAAGUACCACAAGUGAGCUCCAGUACUGGUGGACCAGACAGCACGUUCACAGUGCCUGAUGAUGUGGGCAUGGGAUUCGAGGGAGGGGUUCGAGUAUUACAAAGUCUUGGCAAUUGUUCGUUUGAUUUUGCCAGGUCACCGGAGGUAACGCACAAUAUACCAAGGCCAAACUUGAUCCCCUUCACGGAGCCAUACGCCGAGGGUGGAUCAAUGCAUCCAGGGACUAGGUUAAAAGCGUUGCAAACAACUUCUGUGAGAAAACAUCCAGCGAUAAAAGCCACAAGCUCUACAACUGAAGGCAGCAAAGCGUUCGAGUGCACUGUUUGUGGGAAAGGGUUAGCUCGUAAAGAUAAACUGACAAUUCAUAUGAGAAUACAUACAGGAGAGAAGCCAUACGUAUGCGAAGUUUGUAACAAGGCAUUUGCACGAAGAGAUAAACUGGUGCUUCAUAUGAACAAAUUGAAACACAUAACGCCAUCGAACAUAGCGCCUCUAGGUAAAAGAACCAUCACAAUACCACCUUUGAAAUUGGACGAUGUAAAGCCUCAACUUACGAAACAAGAGGACACAAAGCCAAGUCAAGCAGAAAUAGCAGCGGCGGCAGCAGCUGCGCAGCAGCAGCAACAGCAGCAACAACAGCAGCAGCAGCAACAACAACAGCAGCAACAGCAGCAGCAACAGCAACACUCGCACCAACAGCCGAUCCAGGUGUGCCAGGUACCUGGACACAACUUUACGAAUACAAACCUGGUGCACACGAGUGCAGCAAGCGCUGCAGUAGCUGCGGCUACGGCAGGUAUGGUCGUGUCGUGGUCGUGUGAACUAUGUGGCAGACUGUUUGCGACUAGGGACGAGUGGAGCGCACACGCCAAGUCUCAUCUACCCGACACAAAGUUACUGCAAGACAAAAUGCAGCAGGCCACACAGCAUCAGGUGAAAUACUUGCAACAAGAAAAGGUGCACCUAUCAAAUCAGGAGAAGCUGCAACUACUACAUCAUCACAAUCAGAACCAACAGAUUCUGAACGGGCAUGGGAUCGCCACAGCUUCUGUGUCUACGGCGACGGUCGUCAACGAGGGAGGAGGCGGUGGGGGUGGCGGGGCUUAUUUCACUCAUGGUCACACACACUAUGCACCAGAAAGACAGCACACGCACGCACACCACCUGUGUCUAAUGUGCAGACAAGAGUUUGCAGGCAAAGCGGAGUUCAUGUUCCAUGUGAGAGGGCACUUCGAGGGCAAAGUGAGUGACAUCGCGGCCGCUGAUGUAUUAGCCCGUUCAUUAGUAGACAAUUCUGGACUGUGCACCUGAGCCCCGCCAACGCCCCUCAGCGCAUUUCACACCGAGACAUGUAACAAGGCCGUCUACCAAGACGAUACUAUCAUGUUGAAGUUUUGAGUCGCUAAUUGCGAGACAUUCGUUUCCAAGUGGGGUACGUUCAGACAAUUAAGGCCAGUAUUGAUAAGGUUUAAAAAAGUGGUUUCAUGGUUAUUUUUUAUUUGAAAUUGUCAUAAAAUAAGGUCGAUUUUAAUGUGUCUUGCAAUAAACGAGUACUUAUUGUGCAGAUAAAAACCCAAAAAUGUUCUCGUUACAAUUUAUUUGGUGAUUAAAUUCGGAUUUCGUAAGUGGUCGACGUACACAGUGAUGCCUCAUACAAUAAUAGCUAUUGUAUAUAACUUACUUUUUUACAAAUGUAAUAGUAAUAACAGUAUCUACAUAAUUUUUUAUACAACGAAUUCAUAAGUGCAAUGUCAAUAUGUAAUCUGUGGUUUGUACAUAAAAUCCAGUCAAAUGGUACUUAUGAAAUAAUAAACUUCAAUAUAAAUUAGUAGUCAUGUGACUGGGUUAUAGGUACGUACAAUAUUUCAUUUACAGCCAGUUACUUAAAUUAUUUCGAGAAAAAGAAACAAUAUUUGAAUUUUGAAUUUUUUUGAAUUUUAGUUUGUAAUAUGAAACAAAUUACUUACAUAUGUCUAGUUUACAGGAGCUUCGUUACAGUUUCGUGCGUAUAAUAUUAGUUAGCUUUUAUAUAAAACCUAUAUAAUUAGUUCCUUCUGCUAGUCUAAAGGUGCUCCCUCGCCGGGAGCAUUCACGUAUAAUGUAACAUUAUAGAUACCGACUUUGAGCAUUACAUUACAAUAAUACCUCCCAG